CACCAAAAACACGAUUAGCAAAUCCAGGUCGAGUUUAAAUUGCGACCCGUAUGGCUGUUAACACCAGCUGAGGUUUUAGACUGCGAGGGGUUUAGGGUUUCUCUCCUUCCCUCGCUCUUCUUACACUCCAGCAUUCACUCUCUAUUUCGCCUGUGCGUUUUUCCGUUUUUUGAAGCCAAGAGCAUGGACAGGUACCAGAGAGUGGAGAAACCCAGGCCCGAGUCGGUCAUAAACGAGAACGAGAUCAGAAUCACGACGCAGGGUUUGAUAAGGAACUAUAUCAGCUAUGCGACUACUCUUCUUCAGGAGAAACGCGUGAGAGAGAUCGUCUUGAAAGCAAUGGGGCAGGCAAUCAGCAAGACAGUCGCCAUUGCAGAAAUCAUAAAGAAGAGGAUUCCGAGGUUGCAUCAAGAUACUGCUAUCAGCUCUGUAAGCAUAACUGACGUAUGGGAACCCAUUGAAGAGGGGCUUGUGCCUUUGGAGAUGACUCGCCAUGUCUCAAUGAUUUCAAUCACCUUGUCUGCUAGAGAGCUGAACAAAAACUCUCCUGGGUACCAGGCUCCAUAUAUUGUAGAACAACAGAAGCCACAAUACCGUUAUCAAGUGCAGCCUCAACCAAAACAAGCAGCACGGGGACAAUACAAUGCACAAUAUAAUGCGCCAUACAAUGCUGUUAAUGAAGAUUCAUAUGGCCGAGGACGGGGUCGUGGAAGGGGAAGAGGUCGGGGUUGGGGUGGAUAUGAAAACUAUCAAGAUAAUGGUGGGUAUUCAAACUGGGGUCGUGGGGCUGGGCGAGGCAGAAGUUGGGGCUACCGUGGUGCUGGAUAUGAAAGAGGCAGAGGUGGAGGAAGAGGUUAUGGCCGUGGUCGUGGAAGGGUGGGUGGCCGCUCGAGGGGCCGUGGAAACUAGGCAAAAUGAGGAAUUAGUGUGCAGUUUUGCUCUAGCUAAGCGCUUGCCUUGUCUUAAUGGGUUAAUUUUCUCGUGAAACUGUUUUAGAAGCAAGAAAAUGUGGUUUAUAAUCUGGGUUUUGUUACCUGUGUUUUUCCCCUUAAUAUCUUUUUCAUGAUAUGGAUGCGGGCAGGCUUGUUUUAUGGUCUUUUUUCUAUUUUAGGCGAGAGCGAGUGGCCAGUUUCUGAUUGCUGUAAUUCAUUGAAGCAUGUUAUUACAAAUACUUAUUGUAUUUAAAUCCAAUCUUUAUAUUUUUUUA